ACUCCCCUUUAAGCCAGCCGGAGACUGUCGGGGACGGUGUGAGUCUGCCCCACGGUCCGCUUGCUCUGCUCCCGGUCCGGCUAACGUUAGCUGCCCCACCUGACCUACGGCGGCACCGAUUUCACGGACCACCAUGUUUCGUCUUCCCAGUGUGGUAAACACCGGAAGGUAGAAACCAGGAGAAAACACAACAACCGGACCCGGGAACCGUCAAUGCAGAGAAAGAGGAUCCAUGGCAAAGUGGCUGAAGGACUACCUCAACUUCGGCAGCAGGCGUGACCCUCCACAGCCCCCGAGGCCAGAUUACACAGAGAGUGAGAUCUUGAGGGCUUACCGAGCUCAGAAGGAACUCGAUUUCGAGGACCCAUAUCAGCACUCGGAUAAGGAGCGGCAGAAUGGCGGUUUCAGCUCCUGCAGUGCCACAAUGAGCCUUCCCUCUUUCCCUGCGUUUGGUUCAGUGCUGCCGAAUGGUGUGGAGGUGAAAGUGGUGUCUCCUAAACACAGACUCAUUAAAGUGGACUCUCAGGAGUUUGGUCGCUGUAAAAUCCCCUUGAGUCCUGUGUUGGCUCAAGAAGAACCAGUGGUUCCCUCUGCCCCAGCAGCUUCGGACAGUGACACAGACUACUCUGACCCGUUUGAUGCCCGUCCAGACCCAAGAGUGAGAUCAACCUGGGAGCCCAAACCUGCACCGACAGACUGCUGCAGCUACAUGGAGCCAUUUGAGGCCCAGCGGAUCAUCUCAGAACUGCAGCACGGCGGAAUGACUAACAGAUCAGGAAGUGGAGAUCCUGGUCAGCUGUAUGAUAACCCAUACGAGGAGAGGACUCUUCACCACCACCGUGCCGCUCCACCAGCACAACAGCAAACUCUGAAGGUUGAGGGCGGACUGGGCCUGAUAGACAGCAGGGAGAGCCGGCUCCCACAGGACGAUGAGCGGCCAGCUGAUGAAUAUGACCAGCCCUGGGAAUGGAAGAAGGACAACAUCUCCAAAGCUUUAGCGGUUCAGUUUGAAGGGGCAGAAAGGGAGCGGUCGCGAGCUCAGACAGAACAGACCAGGCUCACGAAGACGGGAACCACCUCUACCAGUGCCGAGGCCUCUACACUCCGUCUGGCUGGUGACACCCCUCCACUCCUGGGGGAGAGAGUGGAUCCGUUUCUGCAUCUGGAGAGACAAGUGUGGUACCAUGGAGCCCUGAGCCGUUCGGAGGCAGAGACGCUGCUCACUCUGUGCAAAGAGAGCUCCUACCUGGUGAGGAACAGCCAGAGCUGCCGCAACGACUACUCGCUCUCACUCAGGAGCUGCAAAGGCUUCAUGCACAUGAAGUUCACUCAGUCUGGAGACGGGCGUUAUGUGCUAGGGGAGAACAGCCCUCCCUUCUCCACCAUCCCCGAGGUCAUCCAUCACUACACGACACACAAGCUGCCAAUCCGAGGCGCAGAACACAUGUCCCUACUGUAUCCCGUCAUCGUUCAAACCCUCUGACGCUGACCAACACAAACUCUUUCUGCCGGUGCUACUGAACACAACAUAUACUCAAUAUUUAUCCAUGUCUACCCUCUGCUCCCACAUGCCUUUUGGUCUCAGCCACUCUACCAGUACGACCCACAAGAGAUUGGACUGUUUGGUUCCAUUGUUUCCUUUUGUUUUAUUUUUAUUCCCCACAAUCCCAGUAACUACACUGGCACUGGCAAUGACAGAGCUCAGUGCCUCAUGAACCUUCGUCUGUGAACUGGUGUCAUCACUGAAGUUCCUGCACCUCGAUUGUGAUCAUCUAUCGAGUUUGGUAGCUUCGAAGUUUUAGUUAAGAGGAGAAAUACAAACUUCAGUCUUGAUGUGUCUGAAGACGAAAGAGUUUUAAGGAUAUUGCACUGAGAUUUUGUGGCUGCCGGAUGCCUGACAGGGUAACAGUGGUGAUUUCCUUUCGGUUUAAGCAUGUGCUAGUAGUCCAAGUUGAUUAUUCAUCCAAUGCAGUUAUUCACAUGACAAUAUCUUGUUAUAAAGUGACACACAAAUCCAAAAGGUUCACCUAGUCAGUAGAAAAUGCAGUAAAAAUGUGCUGUAACUACAAGCAACACUGUUUUCAUCCUUUAAUGUCAGUUACAAACCAAACACGUCAUAUGUAACCCCGGCUGGGUGUGAGCUCCGGGUUUCACUGUGUUUCAGACACCUCAGAUGGUUGAUGAUUGGAAGCUGCAGUUCAUCAGGUUAAUGAGGGUGAAACACAACGCGACACGACUAGUUAACUUCACACAGUAACAGACUCCUGCAAUACUAGUUUAGAGGGUAAUAACUACAGUAUUAUAUUGAAAGCUUGUGGCUUUGUGAUCAUGAUUAUAAAAGACGCUUUGGUAGAUUAUUUACUGUGCUUUUAUAAGAUUUUAUGUCCGUUGAAAAUAAAAGUUGCCUGUUUUUAAAUCA